AGAGAAACCUACAGAAUCGCAAUGGUGUCUUGCGAUCAUUACUUGAUAUUCAGACAGUAUCCAACUCAUGCAUCACUGGCCUGUUUUGGCUGAAUAAGUGCUCCGAUUUCAUUAUUGUAGUUACCACUAAGGAAAGGAAAUUGGGUUGAUUUUGUUAGCUUUAAUUAACAUUACAGGGUCCCAGCUUUUCAGUACUCAGCCAAAGCGUAAGUGUAGCCUACAACCUGUGCUGGCACGACAGCCGGUAGCAUAGCUGUUAGAGCUAUGGGCCAGUAACCGAAAGGUCGCUAGUUCGACUCCCUGAGCCGACAAUGUGAACAAUCUGCCCUUGAGCAAGACACUUAAUCUUAAUUGUUCCAGGGUCAGAGUUGUUAAUGGCAGGCCCUGGCCAUGACACCACUCUCUGAAGGUGUCUCUAGGAGAGUUGGGAUAUGCAAAAAAAACAAAUUACUAAUUCACAGAUGCGUAUAAAUGUGUGAAAUAAGACAAAUAUUAGAACCCACCAAAUUAUGUACAUUUUCGGUGCUGCUCGAGCCAAAUCUAGUCAAGGCUGCAAAACGGAGCGUUGAUAUUCUGGGGAUAAUCCCAAUUGCGUUCUCCUCGCCUCUUUCUGAAACCCCAUUGGAGGAGAAGGUCAGAGGGGAGGGCGCUCUGCCUUUCUCAUCCAAUGGCGUUUGAGAAGCGGGAGGCGAGAGAAAGCGAGAAGUAUUCAAUUGAGUUUCUCCCUUGCACGGGAAGGUGCGUGCAUCGUGAACAUGCAGAAAAAUUAAGACGUGUGAUAUUCAUGUUCAAAUGCUAUUCAUGUUCAAAUGAUUUGCAGAAAGAUAAUCAAUUCCAGGCAAUUGAUGUCAGGUCAGAACCGACUACCCUAUUAAUACAUACACAUGGUUAUUUUCAUGAUAUCACUCAUGAAUAAAGCAACAAUGUUGCGACAGAGACAGUGAGGAACAAUAUUGCGUUCAUUGAAUGAAUGCCUCAUGUAAUCGACAGGGUAGUGGUGUCUCAAGGGCAAAUAAUAUAUAGUAGCCUAAUAAUCACUAUGCAAAUUGCUUCACAGACAGUGAAGUUCACUACUUUUUUCAAGUAAUUUUAACAUUGAUGAAGAUUAUAGCAAUGCUUGCAAGUUGCAACAAGACAAACUGCUUUUUUCCCCAGAUAGAAGUUGAUGUGGAUAUCUUGAUUUGACUUUUGAACUUGGUCUCAUGUGCUGUGACACAAUCAACACAGAGGCUGAGAUGUCUGCAGCAGAAACUGAGGCCUGUGUCUACUCCUAUUCUUCACUUGAAGAGGAAGACACAUGCCAGUACUAUGGCAGUUCCGGCUCUGAUCCUCCCAUUGAACCACAUCCAGACAUUGACAUGUUCUGGUACACAUUAAUAUUAAAAGUAUACCUAUAAGUCUCCAGAUUUUCCCAUGAUCCCAGUGUUAUUGACCGAAUAACAUGUAGGCUUCAUUUUGUCACAAUAGCAUGUUGACUUCACAAACUAUAGAGAGAUAUUCAACUGGAUCAUUAUCCUUCUGGUGAGACAUUCUCUCUGGAUACUAAAUGAGCUAUGCAGGGAAAGAGAAGAGACCAAUAGUGUAUUUUGUUUGGGUUUUUCCCCUCAGAUCCUGACCCAUGCUCACCUGUUCCUGGAUAACUUUAUACAGUGAGUACAUGACACACACACAAUUUGCAAUUCAUGUGUUUUAUUUUUUCUCUGACCUCUUUUGAACAGACAUGGCUUCUUAAUUGAUUUGAGGAAGAUCUUGGAACACCUUAUGGAGGACAAUUAUGACUGGCCAUCUGUCUACCUCAUACUGGCUGCCAAUAUGUUUGCAAUUGCUGCUCUGCUACUUGAGGUGUCUGGAUAAGUAUGUCAUUGCUCUGCCCUUGCACAACUGUCGUCUAGGGAUCUUCAUCAUGAUGCUCUUUGAGCUCCUGGUAGAUGUUUACCUUGGACACUAUUUCAGGGGUAACUAUGGCAGUGGGCUGGUGUGGCUGUGCGAGCUACUGGGUCCUUCUCUGGCUUUGAUUAUCUAUUUCCACGACCACUACAUGAGUCACCAUGGCCAAUGUCCUCCUGGACUGUCCGCUGCUGACUGUUUGUCAUGAUCACUCACUUAUACUGACUUUGGAUAGGCUCCAGCACUUUUUGAUAUCUUUGAAAGACUACUGUUCAGUUUAGCAUUCGUCCAUUUGUAGGGAGUCAUCACAGCCUUAAUCUACCCCACAACUAUUCAUAAUUAUUUUGAAUUUGAAUCUUUGGAGCCUGUGUCCUGUCAUUAUGUGACUCAAUCACACAUGAAAGAUAGGGCUGCUUAUUCACUGUUCACAAGUCACCCAACGUUUACUGUAGGUUUAUGGAUCAUAGCCAACUUUUUUCAGACUACUGGUAACUAACUGCCUGGUGAAAACUAUUGGGAAACCACACCGUGUUGAGUUCAAGCACAGAAUGAAUUAUACAGUAUAGCUUCCAAUUGAAUUGUGCUGUUAAUUCUUUACUGGGCAACCACACCAUGUUGAAUUCACACACAGUGUGAACGGAGUGAAAUACACUAUAUAGCUGAAUUGUACUUGAUACUUUGGCAAGCUUAUAAAGCUAUAAGAAAUGUGAUAGUUGUGAUGUGCUUGCCCUCUUACCGAGAUUUCAUAAACUGUCAGAACUUUCUAGGAAGACAAUUUCUAUUGUAUGUAUAUAUUGUUUAGACUUUUUUUCAGAUAGUUUGUGUAUUUGUGAUUAUCUUUCCAGUACGUGUUCUCCUUUUUGUCACAUAUAGGUUUGCCGAUAAAGG